UGGUCAUUGUCAAAAAGUCUAUGGCAUCUUUUUUGCAAUGUGAUUGUAGAAGGCUCGUAUUAACACUUCUUAUUGAAAUUUUUAUUCAAUUGAAAGUAUUAUUUUCGUAUGUCUAAUUUAAGACGACAAGCUACUUUGUCAUUAAAUAUUGUCAUAACUAAGGAAAUAAAAUUGUAUUAAUAAUUGGAAAGUGCAUAUUGAGCACCCAAGAUGUCGGUAAUAUUCUUCUAUGAUUUUGACAAGAAAAUAUUUCACUAACGGGAAAGGUGAUGGGUGGAUGAGCUUACAGUCAUUGAAUGUGUACAUAAAUAUAAAUAGUUAGACGAACAAAAACAUGAGUCAACGGGCAGAUGAUCACGUAGGAAACGUGAAAGAAAAUUCUAAAUGUACAAGCGUGAAAAACAAAUCAAUCAAUUCCAAAGAUCCUUCAGUAACACCUGACGGAAAGAGUAUAGAAAAUAGCGAAGAUAAGUUGAACGAAAUGAUAUCACAGUCACUUCAUAUAAAGCAUCACAAUAACCUUACAAAUGGCACUAGUGAUCAUUUGAAAAUUAAUAAAGAACCUAUUAAUGAUUCGACAGAACAACAAUCUCCAUGUGAAGAUACUUUUGUAAAUAGUGUAUAUUGUAGUGACUUAACUCAACACACAGAGAAUACUAAGAAUGGUUCAUCUGAAUCAAGUGAGAAAAGGACUCUUGAUAGUGUCCAGAUAGAUGACAAUCAUUUUCAAGAUACAGAAAAUGAUGGAAAGGUAUUCAUUGUAUCAUAUGAAUCUGAGUUACAAAUGCCUGAAAUCAUGAGACUAAUACAGAAGGAUUUAUCUGAACCUUAUUCAAUCUACACAUAUAGAUAUUUUAUACAUAAUUGGCCUAAGCUUUGCUUUUUGGCAAUUCAUGAUAAAAAUUGCAUUGGUGCCAUUGUAUGUAAGUUAGACAUGCAUCGCAAUGUUGUUAAAAGAGGCUACAUUGCUAUGUUGGCAGUUGAUAAAAAAUAUAGAAAAAGAGGGAUUGGAUCUAAGUUGGUUCAAAAAGCAAUACAGGUCAUGAUUGAUGACAAUGCUGAUGAAGUUGUAUUAGAAACUGAAAUAACAAAUAAACCUGCACUUAAACUGUAUGAAAAUUUGGGAUUUGUUAGAGACAAACGCUUAUUUAGAUAUUAUCUUAAUGGUGUAGAUGCAUUGAGAUUGAAACUAUGGCUCAGGUGAAAAUUGCAGUUGUCCUUUGGGAUAUCUUAAAUGUUGUGUUGUAUUAACACUAACAGUUUCAAGUGUGUAUUAUUCAUAAUAUAAACACUGAACUGUUAUUUAUAUUGAUACCUUACCAAUGCAUCUGCCACCUGGAUUUCAGCCAAAAAAAAUUUUGAGUCAUGUGAUUUGUUUUUUAUGUAAUUAUUGUUAAAAUUUGUUGACAAAGUAGCUGUAUUUCUUACUGCAAAUAUUAAAUAAAUAAAAUUUGAUCUGUAUUGAUUUUCAUAAAUGUCAUAUAAAUUUUUUGCUCAAAAAUUUACCUUAAGAAUUAAGGUCAGGUUGUCCAACUAACAUUUGAAAUUUAUCAUGGCUUCAUUUACUGCUGUAUAUAUGAAAAAGAAUCUUAUUAGAAUUAUAAUUAAAAAUAGAAGACUAUUUACAAAUAAUUUCAUUUCAUAAUUUAUUUAGUUUUUAUGUUCAAUGUAAAAUGUAUAUUUUACAAUCCUAUAAAUUCAUUUGUCUAAAGGAUGGCUGGUAAGUAAAGUAUGCCUUAUAAGAAAAUACACUCUUCAAGAACUACA